CUAAAAAGGAAACUAUUCAUAAUGUCAGGCUAUAGUUGGUUUGAAGGAAUACCUUUUCCUGUCAUGUGGUUUCAAAAAGAAAUUGUGGAAGAUAUUCGUAAUAUGUUUGUGGUGAAAGAAGAAGACUUGAUCAUAUUGACUUAUCCCAAGUCAGGAACACACUGGCUGAUUGACAUUGUCUGCUUGAUUCAGACCAAGGGAGAUCCCAAGUGGAUCCAAUCUGUGCCCAUUUGGGAUCGCUCACCUUGGAUAGAGUAUUCUAAUGGAUAUCCUGUACUCAUCCAUAAGGAAGGACCACGACUUAUUACCUCCCAUCUUCCCAUCCAUCUUUUCUCCAAGUCUUUUUUCAGUUCCAAGGCCAAGGCUAUCUAUCUCAUCAGAAAUCCUAGAGAUGUUAUUGUUUCUGGUUAUUAUUUCUUGGGUAAGUCAAACAUUGGGAAGAAUCCAGAGUCACUGGGAACGUAUAUUGAAUGGUUCCUCGAAGGAAAUGUUCUAUAUGGAUCAUGGUUUGAGCAUGUUCGUGGCUGGCUGUCCAUGAGAAAAUGUGACAACUUCCUGGUGCUGUACUAUGAAGACAUGAAAAAGGAUACAAAGGGAACCAUAAAGAAGAUAUGUGACUUUUUAGGGAAAAAAUUAGGACCAGAUGAACUGGAUCUGGUCCUCAAGUACAGCUCUUUCCAAGUCAUGAAGGAAAACAACAUGUCUAAUUUUAGUCUCAUCAAAUUGGAUUUGCAUCCUAAUGGCUUGAACAUCAUGAGAAAAGGCACAACUGGCGACUGGAAGAAUCACUUCACAGUAGCCCAAGCUGAAGUUUUUGAUAAAGUAUUCCAGGAGAAAAUGGCUGGUUUCCCUCCAGGGAUGUUCCCAUGGGAAUAAGUUUUCAAAACUUUUAAAUAUUGCAUGAACACUGAUGUUUAUGUUCCUGUUGUUCUAUAUGUGAAUAACAGAAUGUGGUCAUAUAAUAAAACUUGUUGUGAAAUUGUG